UUUUUAAUGAUGAACAUGUAUUAAGAUGGACAUCUGUUCUACACAAUACCAAGUUCUAUGGUCUCGAAGGGGCAAGCGCCCAUUUAAAACCGACCUUAAGUAAAAACAGAGCUGCAUGGAUGUCAGAAUGUUUGUGAGUGGCAGAAGAGUCAAAAAAUGGCAGUUCAUGCAGUUAUUUGCCACUUGUUUUAUACUAAGCCUCAUGUUUUUUUGGGGACCCAUCGAUAAUCACAUUGUGAGCCAUAUGAAGUCCUACUCUUACAGAUACCUCAUAAAUAGCUAUGACUUUGUGAACGAUAGCCUGUCUCUUAAGCAUAGUGCGGAUGGGGCUCCUCGCUACCAGUACUUGAUUAACCAUGAGGAGAAGUGUCAGGCACAAGACAUCCUCCUGUUACUGUUUGUAAAAACUGCUCCCGAAAACUACGAUCGACGUUCCGCAAUUAGAAAAACGUGGGGCAAUGAGAAGUAUGUUCAGUCUCAACUUAAUGCCAACAUCAGAACUCUGUUUGCUUUAGGAACACCUUCUAACCCACUGACGAGAGAAGAACUGCAAAGAAAACUGGUCUGGGAAGAUCAAAUGUACAGUGAUCUAAUCCAGCAAGACUUUGCUGAUUCUUUCUAUAAUCUUACUCUCAAAUUACUUCUGCAGUUCAGCUGGGCAAACAGCUUUUGUCCUCAUGCCAAAUUCCUUAUGACUGCUGAUGAUGACAUAUUUAUUCAUAUGCCAAAUCUUAUUGAGUACCUCCAAAGUUUAGGAAAAAUUGGUGUUCAGGACUUCUGGAUUGGUCGGGUUCAUCGUGGUGCUCCUCCUGUGAGAGACAAACGCAGCAAAUACUAUGUCCCCUAUGAAAUGUACCAGUGGCCGGCUUACCCUGACUAUACUGCUGGGGCUGCCUACGUGAUCUCCAGCGACGUAGCCGCCAAAGUCCACGAGGCGUCACAGACACUUAACUCUAGUCUUUACAUAGAUGAUGUGUUCAUGGGCCUCUGUGCCAAUAAAAUGGGGAUAGUGCCACAACACCAUGUGUUUUUCUCUGGGGAAGGUAAAACUCCUUAUCAUCCCUGCAUCUACGAUAAAAUGAUGACGUCUCAUGGACACAUACAAGACCUUCAGGACCUCUGGAGGGAUGCCACAGACCCUAAAGUCAGAAUGAUUUCGAAAGGGUUUUUUGGUCAAAUAUACUGCAGGAUAAUUAAGAUAGUUCUCCUUUGCAAAUUGACCUAUAUUGACACGUAUCCUUGUAGGGCUGCCUUUGUCUAACAGUACUUGAAUGUGGUAUGUUUUCACUGUCACUGAGCCAAACAUGGAUGGAGAAAACUCUAGAUAUUUGUCGCUACCUGAAGUAAAAUGAGUAUGAAAAAACAAAUAUUUUGAAAACCCAGUCUAUCAGAAUGUUUCUUUGAUUCUA